AUGGCUACCAAACAAGCGCAGAAGAGGCUCGUCAAGGAGUUUAAGGCUAUGACGGAAAACCCACCGCCUUUCAUUAUAGCCCAACCCAAUGAGGAAAAUAUUCUGGAAUGGCACUACGUUAUAACAGGUCCACCAGACACGCCGUAUGCAGAGGGCCAAUACCAUGGAACGCUUGUUUUUCCAUCUGACUACCCAUUUAAACCUCCUGCCAUAAGAAUGGUGACACCCAACGGGCGUUUUAAAGAAGAUACUAGACUCUGUCUCUCCAUGAGUGAUUACCAUCCGGACACGUGGAAUCCGUCGUGGUCCGUCGCGACCAUUUUGACGGGAUUAUUGAGUUUCAUGACCAGUAACGAGAGUACAACAGGUGCUAUCAUUACGACACCUGAACACAGGAGGAGAAUGGCGAGUUGCUCGAAGGAAUUCAACGCGCUACGGAACCUGAGAUUUAGAAAAGUUUUCCCGGAGCUGGUUCAGCAAAAUCUGAAAGACAUUGAGGAAAUGAAGAAAAAUGGAAGCAGAGAGCCUGAUUCUAGUAAUAGAAACGUGUUGGAAGAAGCCGCGAAGGAAGAAGUCGUGAAACUUGAUGAGAUAACAGAUCCAGAAGAUAGAAUAAGAGCCGAAGAACUCGAGAGACUCAGAAAAGUGCAAGGGAAACCUGCCUCCAGGAAAGUCAAGAACGACGCGGGCCUGUCGUGGCUUUACAUUACUUUAGCUCUGGCUUUCUUUAUUGCGGGGAUUGUGAUGAAAUAA